AUGAAAAUAAAAUUAAUUUUAUUUUUAAUUCCAAAAAUUCUAAUUAUUUAUUUAUUAAUUAUUAAAAUUAAUUGUCAACAUUUUGAAAAAAGUAGAAGUGUUUGGGUUGAGCAAGGAUUAGUUAAAGGAAAAAUAUUUAAAAUUGAUGGGCAACAAAUGCAGAUAUUUAGAGGGAUUCCCUAUGCAGAACCCCCGAUUGGUGAAUUAAGAUUCAAAAAACCACUGAAAAAAGAAAAAUGGGAAAGAGAAUUUGCCGCUAUUGACUAUGGACCUCCUUGUCUUCAAUUUAUGGACUUUCACAGAAAUGACCGUUAUUCUGGCAAAAAUAUGCAAUUGGAAAGUGAAGAUUGUUUAACUUUGAAUAUAUUUGCACCUUACGACUCUGAAGAUGAAGGCGGCUUACAUCCAAUCCUCGUGUGGAUUUAUGGAGGUUCUUUUCUAGCCGGUUCUGCAGACACCGGCAUAGAUAUGGAAGUACUUGCUAGGAAUAUUGUUUUUCGCAACAUUACAUUCAUUAGUGUAAAUUACCGACUUGGACCUCUCGGAUUUAUGUCUUUAAGUCACGGAGCAGCAGAAGGUGGAAAGACAAUAGAAGGGAAUUUCGGGCUUUGGGAUAUUGCUCUAGCCUUGGAAUGGGUUCAACGAAACAUAAAGCAAUUUAAUGGCGACCCGAACAAAGUUAUUAUCGGCACUUGUGAAGAAUUGAGUGCCAAGUAUUCUUCAUUAGUUACUCUUAUGGGAGAGAGUGCUGGUUCUGCAGCAGUUUCAGCAUUAGCUGUUAGUCCUUUAACAAAAGAAUUAUUACACGGAGCAAUUACAAUGUCAGGAUCAGCAAAUGCUGGCUGGGCAAUACAUCGCCUACAAGGGAGUAGUCCACAGUGGGAUAUGGUUAAUAUUGCUGAUUAUAUUCGAUGCAAUAAACUAAUCGCUGACCAAGAUUUAGAUGACGUCCUAGCCCUCCUCCCACAAUCGGAACGUUCUCGAGUACAGGCCGCCGACUUUCACGCUUUCAGAAGUUCCCAACGUGCCUGUAAUCUUCAAGAGCACAUUCCAGAUUGUUUAAAUCAUGGAGGGCCAAUGAGUGCACCUGAAUUGCUGUCUUGUUUUCGAAACGAGCUUAAUUUUAGUGAAAAUCCCUUAUUUUGGAGAGCAUUGGCUGCUGAGCUUGGAGUUUCAAAAAUGGUUGUGGAUGGGGAGUUAAUAGUUGAAUCAGGAAUUGAAAUGAUCAGACAAGGGGCUCGAGUGCCUAUGAUGACUGGGGUCGCAAGAAAAGAGUGGGCACAUAAAAAACCAUCCUUCUAUCAAUUUUAUCGUUAUUCAAAUCUUAGCCGUUCCCAAGUAGAGGAGAGUGUGCGCAAAAUAGUAGAGAAUGCUUUUGCUGAAACUCUUUCCCACAGAAUUUCAAAUUCAACAAUAGACUUAAUUUCUAACGCUACAUUUUUACGUUAUAUACAGGCAAAAACAAAAAUUUUUAAUUUAAAAAUAUUUUUUAAAUAUUUUUAGGAU